AUGUCUACCGAUAAUAUACCAAAAAUACCAGAAAGGCCAACACGAAGAAAGACAACGUCGAAUCUACCUUCAGUAGAACCAGAGGAUUUUAAUGAGCGAGACGUAUCCCCUGAAAAGGUAACUUCGACGGAUAUUCAAGUUGACACCCCAGCAGUUCCAUCUUCAAGGCCAUUUAUUAGGCCCAAAACGACAGAUGACGUAGAAGUACCACAUGUUCCAAGUCAACGACCACUUAGACACUCUUCCACAACCGAAGAAAUUGAAGAUCUUGUCGAGAAUACUGACCAAGAGCUUAAAGAGAUGCAGGAGAUAUUAGCAUCUCAUCAUAAGUCGAAGAACUCUCUAACUGAUGAACCUAAAAUACCAAGGAGACCUCAAAGGAAGAAUAAGGAAACUGGUGCGGAUACUUUUACUGACACUAAUGAUACUCAAGCUGCAAGUGAUGAAUCAAUUAAAAAUUUGGAAGAGUCUCCAAAUGACGGUGUUGCACAGAAUGUGGUAGGUGAUACUACUUAUUUUUCCGAGGAAAUUUUGCCCACGAAGGAUGACAUUAUUACUCCCGAAGUUACAGAGGCAAUGGGAGAAGCGUUUGAACCUCCCAAUGAUUCUUUGAGAAAUUCAGAAAAGGAGGGAAUUGAGGUCAUAGGAAACCAGAAAACUGAAACUACGGAUGUUAACCUGCUGUAUCUUGACAAGGAUAACCAUGAAACUGAAGAAGCAAGUCACGAGAAAACCGACGUCGAAACGUCAAAGGAAGAAGUUGGUAUUGAAGACGACCACCAUAAAUCCAAGGGUGACGAUAAAGAACCUACUCCCUUGAGUUUAGAAGAAGAUAGUGAUGAAGUAAAGCAUGGAAGCUUAUCUGAUUCUUUAUCGGAGCAACUUCCUACUAUCCCCAUUACAAGACCAAGGAUCAAAAAGGAUGAAGCUACCGAUGAAGAAGACAAAGCACAUGACCAGAAAGAAGUACCAGCUACAAUUUCAAAAAUAGAUUCGAGCCCAAGUGGCUCCAAUAAAGAAGAGCCAAUAUCGGAAUCCAAAGUAAUGAAGAAGCCCAGUGUCGAGCAACCAUCUGCUUCAGAAAGCCAGCUUUUUACAACUAGAGUAGAUAAACCAAAGGAUGACGAUAAUGAGACUUCACACGGAUUAAAAAAGAAGGCACCACCCCCGGUUCCAAAGAAACCGUCGUCUAGAAUAGCUGCCUUUCAUGAGAUGUUGAAGAAACAACAACAAAAGGACAUCUCGAAUACUGAACACGAAAAUUUAAAGUCAUCUGUCGGCACAAACGGAAGUAACAUGAACCCGGAUAGGGUGAAUUUUGCAAAGAACCUAAAUGGCUUAUUUGCCCUUCCUGGAAUGACGCCAUCUGGUGAUAUACCACUAGAGCUAAAUAAAGGUCUAUCAUCCCCAUUAACUAUUGAAAAAAAGGAUGAUCAAACAGAAAAAGGGAAACGUUCUCUACCUUUGGCUACCACAAAGAGAGUUAGAGGUCCAAGGGGUCGAAAAUUACCUACCAAAAUAGCAAACACUGAGAAGAUUGUCAAUGAUACAACAUCAUGUCAAUUCGAAACAUUCCAUGUUUGGGAAAUAGCAUUCGAUCUGAAGAAGGAGGAAAUAACAGAGGAGAACGAACAAAAGGACAUAUCAGUUUCUGAGAAAGCUAUACAAGCAACAGUACUAAACCAACCAGCCGAAUCGACUUCAAUUAAUCAUUCUAUAGAAGGAUUACCUACCAAUAAGGAAUUUACAGUAGGCAAUCCUAGUCCUGACGUACAAUCGGGUGAUACACAAGUACAUAUAGAAAAUGGUGAUGUAGUAUCCCUAGAGGAUGCUAUAGAUUCGAGGGACCAAAAUGAAAGUGUUGAGGUACUUGAACAGGAGCUAGAGGAUCAAGCCGAAAGAAGGAUGGAAGAGGAAAUGCUAGAAGAGGAUAAGCGCAAGGACUUCCUCGAUAUGAUGACUCCAUAA